AUCGUCAAGACCACCAUCAUCAGGUGGUCCAACAUCAAUGCCACCACCAACAGGCGUUUCCCAAUCGUCAAGGCCGUCACCAACAGGUGUUCCCCAAUCGUCUAGACCACCACCAUCAGGUGGUCCAACAUCUAUGCCACCACCAACAGGUGUUCCCCAAUCGUCAAUGCCCUCAAGUGGAUCAACCGCACGGCCCUUUGGAAAUGGCUCGUUGAGUUCAGUCCCAGCCAAUCAGACAUCACCAAGACCACCACCAUCAGGUGGUCCAACAUCAAUGCCAUCACCAACGGGUGUUCCCCAAUCGUCAAUGCCCCCAAGUGGAUCAACAGCACGACCGUUUGGCAGUGGCUCGCUGAGUUCAAUGCCGGCCAAUCAGACAUCACCAAGACCACCAUCAUCAGGUGGUGCAACAUCAAUGCCACCACCAACAGGUGCUCAUCAAUCGUCAAUGCCCCCUAGUGGAUCAACCGCACGGCCCUUUGGAAAUGUCUCGUUGAGUUCAAUGCCGGCCAAUCAGACAUCACCAAGACCACCGUCAUCAGGUAGUCCAACAUCAAUGGCACCACCAACAGGUGUUCAUCAAUCAUCAAUGCCCCCAAGUGGAUCAACAGCACGACGGUUUGGAAAUGGCUCUGUAACCUCAAUGCCAGGUAGUCAAACAUCAUCGAAUCUGCGAGCCUCAGGCGCUCAAACGUCAAUGCCACCACCAACAACGGGUCUUCAAAGAUCAACGGUAGGUGCUGGCAGCACAGGAAGACCGUCUGGCACGGUCGCUGUUACGUCAUCGACUACAACACUUCCAAACCCGAGUCGGAGACGUCGCCGUCGUGAAUCGUUUCCAUAA